GCAUUUUCUCCACAAUUUAUAAGCCACAGAAAAACACCUUCUUCAACAAACGCAAAAAAGGGGAGAGAUUCAUCUAAUCCGCUGCUGAGGAAUUUCAAUCUCUCUCUCUCUGUGAUAUCUCAGACCUCCAAUUCUUCAUCCAACCCUUUGGUCCUUCCCCAGGUUUUCCUUUAUAUAUAAGGUUUAUAAAUUUUAUAUUCCUAUUGUAAUAUAGCAAAAGUCUACGUUUUUGUAAAUUGUAUAUAUAUAUAUCUUAGUUUCUGUCUAGUUGGGCUGGUUUGUGAGUGAAAUCUGAUUAAUUCUAGAGUUAAUAAGACUUGGUCUUUGCUCGGUAUAUUCUGUAUAUUUCAAUUCAAUUUGUUUUCAGCUUUUUGCUUUUUGGGGUUGGAUUUUUAAUAGCUUUUAAGCUGUGGGUGGUGUUAAUUUGGGGGAUUUGGGUUGAUGGUUCUAAUGGGUUAUGCUUAGUUUUUGCUUCAAGGGAACCUUUUUUUAUGGUUCUUUGACAGCAUAGCUGGAUUUGGUAAAGAAUAAUUAGGACUCAGUUUUAACAAAAUAUGGGGUUAUUUGACCUGACAAGAACAGUUGAGUUGUGGUUUUAAAUCCUCAAUUGGAAAGGAAAAUAUGGGGUUAUUUGACCUGACAAGAACAGUUGAGUUGUGGUUUUAAAUCCUCAAUUGGAAAGGAAUUGAUUGUUAUCUGGCUCAAGUUUGGCUUAUAACUGUUGAGUUUAGCUGAAAUUCAAAAGGGUUUUUAGCAUAAGUUAGAAUUCUUAAGUUAUACAAGUUUAGCUUGGUUGAGGUAUUUGUCAAGAAUGGCUGAAUCAAUUACUUCAACAUCUCUUCUUGGGCACCGGCCGCUCUAUACAGGAGCUUUCAUUAAGGAUGUCUCUAACAAGAGGAGGUCUUCGGAUAACUGUCGGUUCCCGAUGGCAGAAAUUCUUGGUAGAAGGAUUACUAUGGCUCCUCCUUUGCCAAAGUUGAGAGUUGAUCGCUCAAAAAAUUCAUCAAUUAAGGCCCUUGCAAUGGAGCUAGCGAAAGAGACCUAUUCAUUCAAGGAGGAUAGGAUUCCCAAGAAAUGGGAUUAUCCUACCGAUACCAGUGUAGAUCGAAAACCUGGUUUGUGGCCACCAGAGAAUAAAGCAGAUAACCCUUCGCUACACAAUCCCUUGCUUCGACAAGAACGGAUGGGUAGUGGUUGGCUAGUUGCCAUAUUCGAAUGGGAAGGAGUUCUGAUUGAAGACAAUACUGAUCUUGAGAAGCAAGCCUGGCUGGCUCUUUCUCAAGAAGAAGGAAAGUCUCCUCCUCCAGCUUUCAUGCUUAGAAGAAUAGAAGGUAUGAAGAAUGAACAGGCAAUUUCUGAAGUUCUCUGCUGGUCAAGAGACCCAGCACAGAUGAGAAGAAUGGCUACUCGAAAGGAAGACAUUUACCAAGCUUUGCAGGGUGGGAUAUAUAGAUUGCGAGCUGGAUCAAGAGAGUUUGUGAAUUUUUUGAUGCAUUACAACAUACCGAUGGCGCUGGUCUCUACACGUCCAAGAAAAACUCUAGAGGCUGCAAUUGGAAAUAUUGGUAUUGAAGGAUACUUCAAUGUGAUGGUAGCUGCAGAAGAUGUUCAAAGGGGGAAGCCUGAUCCAGAAAUGUUUGAGUAUGCGGCACAACUUCUAAAAUUCAUACCUGAGCGCUGCAUUGUGUUUGGGAACUCAAACCAAACGGUUGAGGCUGCCCAUGACGCCCGGAUGAAGUGUGUGGCUGUUGCUAGCAAGCAUCCUGUAUAUGAGCUUGCAGCUGCAGACCUGGUGGUUAGGCGCUUGGACGAGCUAUCUGUGGUUGAUUUGAAGAAUCUUGCUGUUAUUGAAUCCACUGAAUUUGGGUCAGGGGAACCAGAGUUGGAAAUGGAAGAAGAAGACGAUCCAUCUCCGUCAACCAGGGUAACAUUUGAUGAUAAUUUCCGGUAACCCUGUAAAAUGUACAGACGCUUAUUCUUAAUUUGAUUCUUGAUGAUAUAGUUUUAUAUCAACAAUGCUGUGUAUAAGAAAAAAAAGAAGAAAAAAGUGGGGAAGUAGCAAGUGAAGAAAAAAAGAAGUAUGAAGUAUUUCAGGUGGUCUGCAUUGGACUAUCUUCUUGUUAUCAUGUAAGUAUUUCUGUACGAUAUAUAUGAAUAGAACAUCUAAUAUAAUUUGGUGCUGCUUCUGUCACAA